AUGCCCUCCAACGAUAGCGAUGGCACCUUCAUGGUUCACACGUCGCUCCUCUUUGACCCCCUCAAGAAGGCCUUCGUCUGCGACGUGUCUAUCGGGGUUGACCCCCGUUCCGGCUCCAUCAGGGCCCUCCACCGCCGCACCUCAUCGCCCUCCUUCCGGUCCAACGACAUCGACCUCCGCGGCAAAGUCGUGCUGCCCGGCCUGGUUGACUCCCACACGCACAUCUUCCUCCACUCAGACAACCAGCAGAUGCUCCUCCAGUCGCCCGUCGAGCGCGUCGUGCGCGCCACCAACCACGCCCGCGCCGCCCUGCUCGCCGGCUACACGACCUACCGCGACCUGGGGACCGAGGCGCUGGGCAGCGCCGACGCCAGCUUCCGCGACUGCGUCAACCGCGGCCUGACGCCCGGCCCGCGCAUGUUCGUCGCCACCGAGGCGAUCGCGAGCUCGGGCGGGUACGAGAUCCGCGUCGAGAACCGCUUCGCGCGCCGCAGCGGCGGCGGCGGCGGCGGCGGCGAGCUGGCGCUGAGCGUGCCCCGCGCCGCUGACACCGCGGACGGCGUGGACGGCGUGCGGGCCGCCGUGAGGAGGAGGGUCGGCGAGGGCGCCGAUGUGAUCAAGUUCUACGCCGACUAUCGGAAGCGGGUGAUGCGGUUCCCGCCCGACGUGCCGGGCCCCGGCGGCAGUGUGCUGUUCCCCCCGGAGAAGAGGCGGAAUCCGGCGCUGUUGCUGUUCACUGAGCUUGAGAUGAGCGCGAUCGUGGCUGAAGCGAAGCGGGCUGAUGUGCCCGUUGCGGCGCACUGUGGCGAGACUGAGACGGCCAUGAUGGCGGCGCAGGCCGGAGUUACGAGCGUGGAGCAUGUGUUCGAGGACUCGGCGCGACUCGGCGACGCAUUUCUCGAGCGUCUGCGCGAUGCCGGGACGAUCUGGGUGCCGACGCUGGCAACUGCUGAGGCGUACUAUGCCGGGCAGGUGAUCUUCGAGUGGUGCAAGACGACGGUGAAGAAGGCCGCUGACAUGGGCGUGAAGUUGGCGGCCGGGGGCGACACGGGCGUGUUCAACCACGGGCUGAAUGUGAGGGAGAUGGAGAUCAUGAUAGAGGCCGGUGUGCCGGUAGAGGAUGCCCUGGUAGCGGGCACUUACAACGGCUGGCUGGCGUGCGGCGGGGACUCCUGCGGGUUCAGGUUUGGGUUUUGGGAGCCGGGAAACCGGGCGGAUAUAAUUGCCCUGGACGCCGACCCGAGGACGGACGCCAAGGCGCUCAGGAAAGUCAGCUUUGUCAUGAAGGACGGCCGGGUCUGGAAGCGGGACGGGCAACCGGUGGAUAUGGUUGCACCAUCGCAGUGGCCACCUGAGGACGUUGGCUUGGGUGCUCGACAUCGGCGUGACGCUCCGUCGUUAACCGGGGCUUGUACCUGACAGUUGGAUAUCAACAUAUGGUUCCACAAGAACCGUCGCCGUCAGCUCUGAAAUGUGUCCUACAGGUUCGGCAUCAGCGCAUACAGCGAACAGGACUCCGGAACUCCCGGGAUCUUAGCGGCGACGAUGGCUCAUGUCGGCUCUAUCGACAGCAUCUUUGCAAGAGCGAGACGCAUAGAGGCUUGGGUAAUCCAGACAAUCCGGGAG